ACAAACACAAGAAUGGCCGGAAUCACUUUGAUCUCAGCGACACCAUCGCCCUUCGCGCGCAUGAACCGAAUAGCCUUGAUGGAGAAGGGCAUUCCUUUCAACAUUCGCAACGAGAUUCCAUGGCAUGUGAACGAGACGGAAACGCCCAAGUACAAUCCCCUGGAGAAGCUGCCCAUCCUCCUCUUUGACGAUGGCCGAGACCCGGUGUACGAUAGUGCUCAUAUUCAGGAGUACAUUGUCCAGAAGUAUGCAGACAAAGCGCCCUCACUCCUGACUGGCGACCUGGAUACCGACCUGAAAGCUCGACAAAUCCUGACGCUUUCCGAAGGCAUCCUGGAUGCCUUUGUGCUGGCUGCCUUUGAGGGCAUGCGGGAUCAAUCCAAGCAGUCCGAGUUGUGGCUCGCCCGACAGAACCGCAAGAUUGACGGUGGAUUGAAAGCACUGUCGAAGCUGGCGCAGGAACGCCCGACUGGUCAAGACUACUUGCUGGGAAAUGUGUUGACGAUUGCGGAUAUCGCGGUCGUCUGUACCGUAACCCAAAUUGAAUUCAUCAAGACCAGACCGGUUGCAGAGCUGUAUCCCGAGCUGAAGAAGUACUGCGAGAAGCUAGAGGAGAGGCAGACAUUCAAAGAGACUACCCCUUAUAUGUUCGAUCUCAAUUCAGAGACUGUGGUUUGA